AUGGUUAAGUAUGGUGGGGCCAGCGGUGAGUCCAGCAUGGCCAAAGCGACAAGCAUUCCCGCCAAUUGUAUCCUUGUUGUCCUUACGAACAGUGACACAUCCCUCGCGACAUGGGCCGUCGGAUGGCCUCGAGCGCAGCGACCACCCUCGAUCCCAGAACAUCCUAACUUUAGUCUUCUCAGGUUCGCCCAAAAGGUCCGCGAGCUCAGGCAAGUAACCCCAGUAACCCCCUCGGGAACCCGAGUUAGCGUCGGAACCGUGGCGCCCACUGAAGUGCAUAAAUGCGUACGAGAGUUGCGGUUCUCCUUCGUCACUCACAGCCUUCCUCCUUGGGUAGGGUUGUAG